AUGCCGCCAUCAACAUCGUCAUCCAGCAAACGUUCACCGUCCCUAAAAUUGCUGAAAACAAGGCUGAAGGAAGUUAUGGUAACAUUUAAUGAUAUUUGGCAGUUUACCGAACAGUUUGAGGAGGAGGUUACAAAUAGUCAAAUAGAUAUACGCUUAGAAAAAUUGGAUGAAUUGUGGGAAAAAUUUGGCGAUACUUUGAUCGAGAUUAGGGCUCAUGAUGAUUUUGUUGCCGAGCAGGACGAUUUCGACGAGGAAAGGCAAGAAUUCAGCACCCGUUAUUACAAAACCAAGGCAUUCCUAAUGGAUAAGAUCAAGGAACGACGUGAACCAUUGACGCCCAAUCAGUCCAUUCGAGUUGGUGACAUGACUAUGCAGGAACCACCAGACCACGUGCGCUUACCCCAGAUCAAACUACAAACAUUUGAUGGGGAUAUUGACGCAUGGCUAAGUUUUCGUGAUUUAUUCUCCUCAUUGAUCCACUUGAAGGCAGACCUACCUGAAGUUGAAAAAUUUCAUUAUUUAAAAGGCUGUCUGAUGGGAGAACCGAAGAAUUUGAUCGAUCCACUUCCAAUAACCAAAGCCAAUUAUCAAAUAGCAUGGGAUAUGCUUAUGAAAAGAUACAAUAAUUGCAAGCAACUCAAAAAGCGGCAGGUAUUGUCUUUGUUCAAAUUACCUACUCUUUCAAAGGAAUCUGUACCCGAGCUACACAAUCUGUUGGAAAGUUUCGAACGAAUAGUGCAAACACUCGACCAAAUCAUACGACCAGAUUAUAAGGAUUUGCUACUGGUAAACAUGCUCUCAACACGUCUCGACCCCGUCACGCGUAGAGGUUGGGAGGAGGUAUCUUCAACCAAGGAACAGGAUACGAUUGCAGACCUGACUGAUUUCCUGCAUCGACGCAUAGGAGUAUUGGAAUCAUUGCCGCCAAAACCGGUGGACACUAGAGGUGUGCCACAAUUCCCAACCCAAAACAAGCAGAAAUUCGGCACGGGAAAGGCUAAUUUCAAUAGUUUCCCAACUGCCACGAUACGAUGUGUUGCCUGCAAGGAGAAUCAUCUUUUAUACCAAUGUUCGAGAUUUCGGUCUAUGUUAGUAUCAGAAAGGGAUACUUUGCUAAAAACGCAUUCGCUUUGCAGAAAUUGCUUUAAAACCGGACAUCAAGCAAGAACUUGCGAAUCCAAAUAUAGCUGUAGAAACUGCAAGGGUCGUCAUCAUACGCUUGUGUGUUUUAAACCUGGUAAGGAUUCGAAUGUCAAAAUAGCAUCAGUCGCGAGAAAUGAUUGUAACUCCGAAGAAGCUGGCUGUUCAUCAGGUUCGAAUUCCUCCCGUGUGUCAAACACUGCAGCAAGCGAUGUUCAACUGUCUGGAAGUGCGCAGCGAUUUUCAUCAUCGAUUUUAUUGGCAACAGCGGUGGUGCUGAUAGAGAACUGUGAAGGCAGUUGGUAUCCAGCUCGCGCACUUUUAGAUUCUGGUUCCGAAAGUAAUUUCAUUUCCGAGCGGCUAUGUCAAAGGUUGAAACUGAAACGAGACGAAGUGGAUAUUUCAGUUCAUGGAAUUGGGCAAGCUGCAACCAAGGUUCACCAUAGGAUACAUACAGCAGUUAAGUCUCGGAUUUCAAACUACAUGCGGGAGAUGAAUUUCCUAGUCCUACCCAAGGUCACGGUCAAUCUUCCUACAGCAACGGUAAAUACCAAAGGUUGGUCCAUCCCAAAUGGAAUUAAGUUGGCGGAUCCUGCAUUCUUCGAAUCCAAGGCGGUGGACCUGGUUCUUGGCAUUGAGGCAUUUUUUGAAUUUUUUGAAUCUGGAAAAAGAGAAACAUUAGGAGAAAAUUUACCAAUACUCACCGAAUCCGUUUUUGGGUGGAUAGUGUGUGGAGGAAUAUCCGUUCCAAACCAUGGCAUCCACAUCAACUGCAACGUUUCUGCUUCCGAAAAACUGGACGAUUUAAUUGCUCGAUUUUGGUUCUGCGAGGAAAUUGGAUCAACGAAAUAUUCACCGGAAGAAACACGCUGUGAACUAUUUUACCAGCAGACUGUUCGGCGAGAAGCAAAUGGACGGUACAUAAUGUCACUACCGAAAGAUGAAGGCGUUUAUCCACGGUUGGGCGAGUCAAGGGACAUCGCAUUCCGGCGUCUUCAGGGAAUUGAGAGGAGGUUGGCUCGAGAUUCCACAUUAAAAGAUGAAUAUACCGCAUUCAUGCAAGAAUACCUGGAGCUAGGUCAUAUGAGGAAAAUUAACGCUGAUGAGCGUGAUAGUGUGAAGAGAUGUUAUUUGCCACAUCACCCGGUUAUAAAGGAAACCAGCACAACUACCAAAGUGCGUGUCGUCUUCGAUGCUUCCUGUAAGACGUCCACAGGUGUAUCUCUGAACGAUGUACUACUGGCAGGGCCGGUGGUACAAGAUGAUUUAAGAUCAAUAAUUCUGCGUAGUCGAACUUACCAAAUUAUGCUUGUAUCCGACAUAGAGAAAAUGUUCAGACAAGUUAAUGUGUGUCCUAUGGAUAGAACGUUGCAGAGCAUUUUAUGGCGUUUUCCACACGAGGAUUCCGUUGGUACAUAUGAGUUGAACACCGUUACCUACGGAACAAAACCCGCACCUUUCUUGGCUUCUCGAACGUUGAAAGAAUUAGCAAUGAAUGAGGAGCAAAACUUUCCACUGGCAGCCAAAUCUAUAAUAGAGGACACAUAUGUCGAUGACAUCAUCACAGGAGCAAACAACAUAGACAGCAUAAAUAAUUUAAAAACACAGCUUAAUCAAAUUAUGGAUCGAGGCGGAUUCAAACUACGGAAAUGGGCAUGCAAUCGAUCAGAAGUUCUGGAAGGAAUUCCCAAAGAAAACCUAGCACUGUGCGACUCAGUCGAAUUCAAAAUGGAAACAGAUCGUUCUAUAAAGGCCUUAGGAUUGGCCUGGAUCCCAAAGGGGGAUAAAUUAAUUUUCCAGUUCAACAUUCCAUCUCCAACAACGAUCAAGCAGCUCACCAAACGCCAAAUACUGUCCGUCAUUGCAUCGUUGUUUGAUCCACUAGGGCUAUUAGGAGCUACGAUUACUGCAGCCAAGAUCAUUAUGCAGCUGCUAUGGUCAUUAAAAGACGCAAAUAACAAAGGUCUAGAUUGGGAUCAACCUGUACCAUCGAAAGUUGCAGAGAUGUGGUUGAAGUAUCAUGCGGAGCUUCCAUCAUUGAAUGAAAUACAAAUAGAUCGAUGCGUGGUCAUCCCCGAUGCAACCAUGAUAGAAAUUCAUUGCUUUUCGGAUGCCUCGGAGAAGGCAUAUGGUGCAUGUUUAUAUAUUCGAAACCAGAAUGUAAACGGGAAAAUUCAAGCCCGGCUUCUCACUUCCAAAUCCAAGGUGGCGCCAUUAAAAUGCCAGACGAUUCCCAGACUCGAGCUGUGUGGUGCACUUUUGGCAGUACAACUGUACGAGAAGGUACGCGAAUCAACGCGAUUUAAAUCAAAAGGUUAUUUUUGGACGGACUCCACAUGUGUACUGCGUUGGAUAAGAGCAACUCCAACGACAUGGACCACCUUCGUGGCCAAUAGAGUGGCAAAAAUACAAGCUGUUUCUGAAGGUUGUCAAUGGAAACAUGUUCCAGGUAUCAACAAUCCAGCAGAUAUGAUUUCCAGAGGAAUUUCACCCCAUGAAAUCACAAUGUCCAAGAUUUGGUGGCAUGGACCAAGAUGGUUGGAACAAGAAGAAAGUACCUGGCCCGAUUUCAACUUUAACAGCAUUGCUGAACUAGAAGAGGAACUACGUCCUAGAAAAAUCACGAGUAACACCAGUUCCGCAAUCAAGGAGUUCAGUUUAUGGGAGGCAGCGGUCCGUUCUGCGAAAAAACAUCUUCUGAAGGUCGUUGGAGAACAUCCGGUGUUGGUAGAAAAUUUGUCAACGUUACUGGUUCAGGUGGAAGGCUGUCUCAACUCACGUCCAUUGACUCCAUUAAGUGAUGAUCCAACCGAUUUAGAUCCUCUAACGCCAGCGCAUUUUUUAAUUGGUUCCUCACUCCAAGCACUGCCGGAACCAAGCACCGAAAAUAUUCCCAUCAACCGGCUUAAUAGAUGGCAGUUGGUACAACGACAACUCGAGGAUUUCUGGAAACGGUGGCGCAGAGAAUACCUUUGUCAACUUCAAGGGAGAAACAAACGAUGGAAACCUCCAUUGAAAAUCGAUGUUGACAAACUAGUGGUCAUUCAAGAUGACAAUCAGCCACCCAUGCGGUGGAAAAUGGGCAGAAUCAUCGCCACUCACCCAGGCCCAGAUGGUGUUGUUCGAGUAGUGACAUUAAAAACUGCCACAGGAAUUUUGAAGCGACCGGUAGAGAAAAUAUGUAUGCUUCCGAUAGUUGACUGCAAUGCCGAUUCAGCACAAGAACAUAUGUAG